AUGGGUGGGAGGACCCCCCAGGAGGGGCUGGAGGAGCCCAAAUUUGGGAUUUUUGGCCCUCAAGGUGUCCCCGGCGGGGUCCGAGAGCCCCUCGCCCUGUCCGGGGGGGCUCAGCCCGGGGGGGUCCCCGCCGGCGGCGGGGGGGACCGAGCGGGGCUCGGCGGCACCGGGCACGGCCACACCGGGCACGGGCACACCGGGCACGGCGACACCGGGCACGGGCACGGCGACACCGGGCACGGCGGCACCGGGCACGGCCACACCGGGCACGGCGACACCGGGCACGGGCACGGCGACACCGGCGGCACCGGCCGAGCAUCCCCCGCCGCCGGCUACCGGGGGGCGGGGGGAGGCCGGGGCGNNNNGGGCGGCCGCCGGGGCUGCGGCCGCUACCGGGGGCCGCGGGAGGCACCGGCGCCGCCGGGAACCGGGGCCGGGGGAGCCGCGGGGGCUCCGGGCUACGGGAGGCGCCGGGAACCGGGGCCGCGGGAGGGACGGGGGGCUCCGGGAGGGACCGGGGGCUACCGGAGGGACCGGGAAGGACCGGGGGCUACCGGAGGGACCGGGGGCUACCUGAGGGAGCCGGGGGCUAGCAGAGGGACCGGGGGCUAG